AACUAAUCUCAGUAAGAGAACUGAAUGACAGUGACGUGGAUAAUAGGUGGGGAGACUGAGUGCACAGCACCACCACAUGGCAGGAAAAGGAAAAAAAACACCCUGAAUCAUUUCACUUUCAUUUCUUCAUUAUAGUUGCUUCGUUCUUCCUUGUGAAAAACAGACCAAGCUAAGAUGGGAGCGUCCAAGCUUAACGUCUAGAAGGUGACAACACAGGGCACAUAGCAUUCAGAUGUUGAGAACUAGAACCUAGAGGAAUGGCGAAAAAGAAGGUGCGUGUUGAUGGAAUUCCAUCUAAUAUUCCACCAGAACGUGCCAAGGACAAACUCUUUAUUCACUUCCUGAGAGCCAGUAAUGGAGGGGGAGAGAUAGAACAGCUUGAGAUCCUACCCGGCCCUCCUGCAUAUGCCCUCAUUACUUUUGAAGAAAACAAAGUGGCUGAGAGGAUUCUGGAAACCAGAGAUCAUAACCUAACAGUAAAUGGAAAGUCAUAUGCUCUGGCUGUUAGUGAGGCCUCUGACAAGCUGGAGCCAGACAAGAUAUUUGAGAAAUUAUCGCUCACUGUCAACUACAAACAACUUCCAGAACGCUGUAAAAAUAUUAUGAGGACUCUGAGCACAUCCCAUGCAGAUCUCCAGUGCAGGUUUGAAGAAAACCAGAAAACAUGUAUUGUCAGUGGAGGCUACACAAAAGUUCAAGCCCUAAGCCUGGAAAUCUUAAACUCACUAGGCACUGCAGGUGUAAAUACAGAGAAGGAGCCAAAGCAAAUUGAAAGCAAACUUAGUGUCCAAAGGAAGAGCAUUUCCUCAACACCUCAAGAGCUCAGGGAUACAUCACAAAUUAAAGCUGAUAAAUGUUAUCAAGACUCAUCUUAUUUUGAAGAGGAUCAGAAAAUAUAUUCAAGGGCUGAAGCACCUGAGCAAGGAGAAGAACCUUUAGUGUGGGACACUGACAUCUACAAGUACAUACAAAUAUUGCUCAGUGAGGAAUAUCAACAGAUAUUAAAAAAGCACAACAUUAAAGUAGUUGAUACAAGCUUUGAUGGGAUCACCUAUUUAUACCUCCAAAGUGUAACCGAGGACGACAGGAAAGUAGGAGACGUAUUUAAUGCACGGCGUGAGCUUUUAAGUCUCUACCAGGAAUUUGAAUUUAGGCUUCGCAAAGAGCGAGUUGGCAAAAUUUUGUUAAAGCUUGAUAAGGAUUCGAUGAGGGAAGUAUUCCGAGACAUCCACACGCAAUGGCCUGGUGUCUUUUGCCAAGAAGAUAAAAAAAACAUAUUUUUUAUUGGAGAAGGGAGCGAUGUUGCCCAUGCAAAAAACCAUAUUUUGAAGCAUUAUAUUUAUAAAUCUUCACCUGACCUAGAAAUGGAUCUCAACCAGAGUCAACAAAAGAAAGACAAGUUGGCUGGAUUAAAAACCCAAUCAAAGAAAUAUAAUAUACCUCAAUCAGAAGACAGGCCAGAAGCAAUAUCCAACCAGCCUAGCAGCCACACUGCUUCCUCAUUAAGUAACCCCUACAAUCUAUAUAAGGAGCUCUCUCUAAACAAGAAAAUGCUGCUGCAGGAACCAGAAAAGGGUAAAUACCAAAGACCAGGUCUUAACACCGACUUACUAAAGAGCUACAAAAAUGGACGUUAUGGCUUUCGGGAGACUGAAAGUCUUUUGCACACAGAGAAAAACUCAGGAGAAAGAAGCUUAAAGCGGUUGGACGUCGACACUUCACUGAAAACAAAUGAAACAAGGGAUGUCAAAAAAGCUGGUCCUGUUAAACCUGUCCCACUGCAGUUCUCAAGCCUUGUGGACAUAGACUCUUCUACCUCAAAGGUGCUGGAACCCAAAACCGGAAUCCAUAGAUCAAAUAGCUUUUCACAUACAUAUUCAAAAGAGAAAUGUGCAUCAGACAAACAGGGCAGCUCAUCCCAAGCUCUUCCUAAAGCUGAAAUCUAUGUGGAUAACAGACUCUGGACAUAUCUGAAAGAUGCCUAUGGAUCUGAUAUUGACGAACUGUGCAGUGGAGUAAUACUGACUGAAGAAGAAAGGAAAAAUAUUAUUAUCCUGACAUUACAGGCAGAUAGCAGAUCUACAUUGUUCACUGCAAAAGAAAAUAUCCAGUCAUUCUAUGAGAAGAAGAGUAACAGUAUUGUGUUUAAGUGUUUAACCUACUCAGUGCUUCAAGUGAAAGGCCCACAUGACAAAGCGUUAGAGGACUUGCGCACUGCAUUUGAGCACUGCUCUGACAAAAUUCGUAUUCAUGCAGAAAAAGACAUGGUACAUUUUACAUAUCCAGAAGAUAUACACCCAAAUGUUCAUGAAACCUACAAUCUGUUUGUAGAAAGCAGAAAUACACCUCCAGCUUCUUCAUCUUUAACUAUGGUCUCUUUGGAAAGUAAUGAGCAGAAUUAUGAAUCGAACCUUGGAAUAAUCCAGCAACAACUUACAACAAAUGAUGGUUUUCCAAACAAUCCUUCCAGAGCAGGAGUGGAGAGUCAGAAGAACACAUCUCUAGAGAACUUUGACUUAUUUUCACUUAAAAGUAAUGGAAAUGUCCCAUAUUAUAUGACUCAGAAAUCGCUUGAAGGAAAUAUUCAAUCAGAUGUACAGAUGCCGUCAUACACAAGAACAGAUUGCUCAAAUGUCGGUGGGUUUUUUGAGGAACCAGACCCUAAAAAGGUAAAAAGUUAUCUUCCAAGUAAAUUUCAGCUAGACAGAGGGAGAACAAUGGAAGACAAAAUGGAAAUAUCUGAAGUUUUCAGAACGUCCGUGGUGCUUAAUAAACAGUUUGGCUCGGAGGAGCAGGAGAAGGAAAGAGAAGAGUUGAGCAAAAAGAAAGCUGGGAAAGACUACAAAAUGAAGAAUCUCGUUCAAAGGGAGGGUUUAAAAUUACAGGAAGAUAAAAAGAUCCCUGCAGAUGUACAAGAAUCAAUAAACACUGGAAAAGUGUGUGAUUUGUGUAAAUCCAGCAUGACACUUAUUUCAUGUGGCCAUUACCAAUGCAAUAAUUGUGAGUCACCGGCACAGGACAAAUGCCGUAUUUGCAUUCCAGCUGUUUUGUCACAUGACAGUUCCGGACUGAAAGCCACAAUGGUUUAUACUCGAAUGAGCUUGAGCCUACAAGGGUAUGAGAGAGACCCUAGUUUGAAAAUAAUAUAUGAUGUUCCUGAUGGAAGACAGGAGUCUGGACAUCCUCACCCAGGAAGUGCAUAUAAAGGGGGACGAUUUGAAGCUUAUCUUCCUGAUAACCACGAAGGGAAAAAACUUCUUGUUUUAUUCGAAAAGGCUCUCAACCAAGGCCUAACUUUCCAAAUAAGGACCAUUGGGUCAUGUGAUAAAGUGGCAUGGAAUUAUAUUCCCCAUAAAACAUCCCCAGAUGGAGGCAAAGCAAAAAAUGGAUAUCCUGAUUCAUCCUACAUUAGAACCCUGUUGAAACUGCUGAAAUCUUAUGGCAUCGAGUGAAUAUCAGUUCUCCAAAGACAGUGGACAUCUUCCUUAUGUAAGGCAUGAUAGAAGACAUAAGGCACAAGACAUGCCUACGGACCAAUGGAAAUUUUUUUUAAAAAAAAUUCCUGGUGAUUUUGAAUCUCAAAGACCAGCCUUGUACAGAUAUAAAGGAUUGUAACUUUGUAUACAAACCCAGAAUCUACACAGGAGAAACGAAUUAAAUCAGUAAUCAUGAAUGAUGUUUAAGAUAUCAUCAUAAGGUUUAGAAAAAGUUUUUUUUUUUUUUACUCCUUAGGGAGAUGACAAUUUUCAACAUUUAAAAUCACUCCCCAUUGUGUGAACGGGAACUGCUAGUUGUGCCAAGUAUGUAUUGCUAAAAAAAACUUGUAGGUGAUUGCAAUUCACAUUGAAUUGGGGCAAUUUUUGAGCAUCUCCCAUGGGGCUGAACAAGAACGUGGGAUAAUGCAAGAAUUUGUCCCGUGUAAUAUGUCCACUUCUUCUCCAUGUACAUGCCCUAUCAUUAUUUUGAGUGCACUGUGCAGCUUUUUUUAGAUAAACUUUGUACAAAAGCUGGAACAACUUCCACAUCACAGCUAUGUUAGUACCUUGGGAAGCCAUCAUUUUAUUAUUUAAAGAAAUGUACCGAGAACUCAGUCUCCUCGAGUGUGGGGACACUCUAGGAGAUUGACAAAUUAUAUAUAGGAAAUGUGAUUGCAUUCCAUUGAGUAAUCUUUGGGUACUUACUUUGUGCUCCAGGGACAUAUCUACCUCACUUACCCAAACUGUAGCCCACUGAAUUCUGGGAAGAAAACCAAGCAAAAAGUCUUGUUGCCCAACUUUGCCCCAUAAAUAGUUGUCUUGGCUGCCAUCUUUAGCAGAACACCAUUUGCAGAGUUCAGCCAUGAAGUGAGGCUGGGACCUCCAGAUCAUAGGGACUGACUUGCCAUUCAGUAAAUAGCCUAGAGGCCUGGUGGUGACCCAAGAUGAGAUUAUAGCCAUACGUAAUCCCAUUGAAUACAAAAUUAUUUAUUCCUACAAGUAAAGUCAAUGUGCAAUUGGCACUAGGUGCAAGAAAGUAAUGGGUGCAAGUGCUUGGUGUAUGGUGUAUUCGUGCCUAGCAUUGCACACCAAGUUAGUAAAUAAUAGCCUGGAUUUUUUAAAUUUAGUAAAAAUCUUGUAUUAAGUUGUUAUUAAUACGUUGCUACCCCCCCCCCAACUUUCUACCAGAACUUUCUAUACUUAAAAGAUACUGGAGCACCAGCAAGGAUAUUUUUGUAAAUUACAGUUGAGAACUUUGGUGACAUGUGAAGAAAGCCAUGUAUAAAUAAAUCUUAGAAAAAGAGGGGAUCCUCCUCUAGUGGCUCCUGCAGAAUGUAAUGAUUGAAUAGAGACUAUGGGGUAUAUUUAUCAAAGAGUGACGUUAAUAGUGAAGUUCCGCCACUAGAGUGAAAUUCCGCCACUCCCCAUUCAUUUCUAU